AUGAAGCCCGCCCUUGAACCCUCCCCCUCCCUCCCUCUCUCCCCCUCCCUCUCUCCCCCUCCCUCCCUCUCUCCCCCUCCCUCUCUCCCCCUCCCUCUCUCCCCCGCCCUCCCUCUCUCCCCCGCCCUCCCUCUCUCCCCCUCCCUCUCUCCCCCUCCCUCUCUCCCCCGCCCUCCCUCUCUCCCCCUCCCUCUCUCCCCCGCCCUCCCUCUCUCCCCCUCCCUCCCUCUCUCCCCCGCCCUCCCUCUCUCCCCCGCCCUCCCUCUCUCCCCCGCCCUCUCUCCCCCGCCCUCCCUCUCUCCCCCUCCCUCCCUCUCUCCCCCCUCCCUCUCUCCCCCGCCCUCUCUCCCCCGCCCUCCCUCUCUCCCCCUCCCUCCCUCUCUCCCCCUCCCUCCCUCUCUCCCCCGCCCUCUCUCCCCCUCCCUCCCUCUCUCCCCCUCCCUCUCUCCCCCGCCCUCCCUCUCUCCCCCUCCCUCCCUCUCUCCCCCUCCCUCUCUCCCCCGCCCUCUCUCCCCCUCCCUCCCUCUCUCCCCCUCCCUCUCUCCCCCGCCCUCUCUCCCCCUCCCUCCCUCUCUCCCCCGCCCUCCCUCUCUCUAA